AUGCAAUUUCAAUAUAUAAUUUUUAUUCUGAUAUGUCUACAUAUCGAUAUAUUAAACAGUUUAAAUAAUAAUGAUAAUUCACCAACGAAAACAAUAACAACAGAAACAACAACAACUAUAAUUAAUCCUUAUCAUCCACGUGAUCACAUUGUUAAUCCACAUAAUUUUUCUUAUAUACUUAAUCCUGAAUAUUCUGUAUGCGAUAAUAGUUCAUCACCUGUUUAUUUAUUAGUUUAUGUACAUUCGGGUCCAACAAAUUAUCAACGUCGUGUUGUUAUACGUGAAACAUGGGCAACAAGAACAUUAUUUCCUGAUUUACGUCUUAUUUUUAUGAUUGGUAAAACACUUGAUAAUAAUGUUAUGAAAGCUAUUGAAUAUGAAAAUGAAUUAUAUCGAGAUAUUGUACAAGAAGAUUUUAUUGAUUCAUAUAAAAAUUUAACAUAUAAAGGUAUUAUGGCAUUAAAAUGGAUAUCAAUAUAUUGUUCAAAAAUAAAAUAUGUUCUAAAAGCUGAUGAUGAUAUUGUUGUUAAUACAUUUACAUUAACAAAUCACUUAAAAUUUCUUGAUAAACACAAUCCAAAUAGACAUAGCACUAUACUUUGUUUAUUAUGGCAAGCUAUGGGUGUAAUGAGAGAUAGUAAAUCAAAAUGGUAUUUAAGUAAAGAAGAUUUUCCUUUAGAUAAAUUUCCACCAUAUUGUAGUGGUUCAGCCUUUAUUCUAACUGGAGAUAUGCCUGCAAAAAUGUAUAAUGCUAGUCUUUAUGUUCCAUUUUUUUGGGUUGAUGAUUAUUAUAUAACUGGAGCUGUAGCUAGUGCUGCUAAUGUAACAUAUGCGCAACUUGGUUCACUUUAUACAAUACCUCAACAAUUAGCACAUACACGUUUUAUGUCAUCAAAAUCAUUUUAUACAAUUAUGUUUGGACAUUUUCCUGGUUCAAUGAAUAAUAUGCGUGAAAUUUGGCGUCGAAUAUUAAUAAUGCAAAAAUAUAAAUUUCCAACACGUGUUGAAUUAUUUUCAUUUAGUUGGGAUGAAAAAAUACAUCAAAAUGACAAUCAAAUAAACUAA